AUUAAACUAUUAUAUAAUAGGCGCUUAGUGUAAUUUAUAAUUGCUCAAGUAUAGACAAAAGUCUUAGAUUAUCCUUUUCAAGCACCUAUUAGUGUCCUUCACGGCCUAGUACUAUUAGUCAACUUACUACUUGCAAAUAGUAUCAACCGCAAGCAUGGCUGCUGUCGCACAAAGCGUCAAGCUCGCUGUCCUGAUCGACGCGGACAAUACCAGCCCUAACGCAGUGUGCUUUAUAUUGGCAGAGAUUGCCAAAUUUGGCGCUGCUUUUGUCAAGCGCGCCUAUGGUGAUUGGACUAGUCCCGGCUUAAACAGAUGGAAAACACCUCUCCUCGAGAAUUCGAUACAGCCGAUGCAGCAGUUUGCAUAUACUACUGGAAAGAAUUCAACAGAUUCAGCCAUGAUAAUCGAUGCCAUGGAUCUUCUGUACUCCAAAAAUUUUGAUGGCUUCUGUAUUGUCUCGAGUGACAGCGACUUCACUCGACUCGCUUCACGGAUUCGCGAAUCUGGUCUCGUCGUUUAUGGCUGUGGAGAGCGCAAGACUCCUAAAGCAUUCGUUACAGCUUGCGACAGGUUCAUUUACGUCGAAAAUCUUAUGCCAACAACAAAAGCUGCGCGACCAGUUGGCUCAGAUGGGCCGUCUAGCGCAGCAGGGCUAUCCGCGUCGUCAAGCUCCCUUCCGGUCCACACAUUGCUGGCUAAGCGGAAAAGGGUCAAAAGUAGAUUGGAAAAGGAGGCGUCCAUCGACACCCAAGCUGUUGGUUCUUUGACGAUUGAAACUCGGGAGGUUGAUGAGGAGGUAAUUGACUUACUGUGGGAAGCAGUUGAAGUAGCAGCAGAUGAAGAGGGAUGGGCCGUUCUUUCGAAGGUCGGGUCUCUUAUCACGAAAUGGCAUCCAGAUUUUGACUCUCGCACUUACGGAUUCAGAAAGCUAAAGGAGCUAAUGGCAUCCACCUCCCUCUUCGAAAUCAUCCACCGCAGCCCUGGACUAGGAAAGCCAGAGCUAGCAUAUGCACGUUGCAGUGUUGAACAAUGGGAAGCCCGUCUACUCUAGAAUACUAGAUGGUAACGGGGCCCGUUACGGGUUCUAAGCCAAUCAAAACUAUUAUAUUUAAC